UUCAGCUCAGCCCAGUUUGAUGGUCUGUCAGCUCUAUGAGUAUCACUACAUUAAUGAGGAAAAGACCUGGACUGAAGCUCAGCAGUACUGCAGAGAGAAACACACUGACCUGGCCACAGUGUCUAACAUGGCAGACAUGAAGAGACUCCUCAGUAACUCAGCAGGAAACAUGAAUGAAGCUUGGAUUGGUCUGUAUGAUCAGACAGAUGGUGUCAGAACAUGGUACUGGUCUCUGCCUGGAGUGGAGUUCAAUGAGACAAACUGGAAAGAAGGAGAACCAAAUGAUUAUACAAAUGAGAACUGUGGAUUUAUCGGAGAAAAGCUGAAAUGGGGAGACAUAUCUUGUAAAAGCAUAAAUUAUUUCAUUUGCUAUGAUGAAAGGAAAACAUCAGAGAAAUUCUACAUGACUGAAGAAAAGAAGACGUGGCUGGAAGCUCAGAGUUACUGUAGAGAGAAACACACAGACCUGAUCAGUGGAAUGAAGCAGCUACAGGAUGGAGAAGUGGGGAAACUGAGGAACACUAAAGGAAAUGAAAACUACAUAUACCUUGGUCUGUUUAGAGACACCUGGAAGUGGUCAGAUGGAAGCAGCUUUUCUUUCAGACACUGGAACCUUCAGUUUGAGGAUGAGAAAUCCAACAGUGGUCAAUGUGCCAUGACUGUGUUUGAUGAUGGAGGCAGAUGGAAGAAUGUCGACUGUAAGGAAGAAAAACCCUUCUUCUGUUAUGAUGAUAAAGUGAUCCUGAUCAAAGAAAAUAAAACCUGGGAGGAUGCCUUAUACUACUGCAGAGAUCACUACCAUGACCUGGUCACCAUCACCAGCCUGGAUGAGCAGAGAUGGAUCCAGGAGAAAGCCAAGAACGCCUCGACUGAUUAUGUCUGGAUGGGACUGCGCUACACCUGUACUCUGGAUUUCUGGUUCUGGGUCAGUGAUGAGGUGGUCAGGUAUAAGAACUGGGCCUCAGGGGAACCAGUGGAUGACUGUGACAUGUCUGGAGCCAUGGAGACACGUGGAGAACAUAGGUGGAGCAAAAUAAAUGAUCUAAAGGAGUUUAAUUUCCUCUGUUCAAAGUCCUAAACCUCAUUAUAUUAUCUGAUAAAGUUCUUGUAUUCAUAUGAUAAUUUCUUCACUUCUUUAGGAU